AUGGGCGAUGCACAGAUUCAUGGUCUCAAUAUAGCUCUGGUAUCGGAGCAAAAGUCGACAUAUCUUGAGUACGGGUUUUCAGAAGGACAGUGCGCGGCUCUCACGCAUGACGGGGAAAUAAAGGCUGUCUCAACUGCACUCCAGUGUCUAGGCCACUCAGUCACUCUAGUACCUGGUAUCCAAUCUCUAGUCCAGCUACUCGCAACAGGGACGUAUAAGAAUUGGGAUUUAGUAUUUAAUAUGGCGCAAGGCUUCUAUGGGCCAGCGAGAGAAUCGCAGGUUCCGGCACUGCUGGAGGCCUAUCGAAUUCCGUUCACAUUCAGCGAUGCUGCGACGAUUACGUUAUGUCAGAACAAAGCAAUCACUAAGGUUGUCUUGGAUCGUCACAACAUCCCUAAUGCGCCUUUUGCCGUGAUUCCUAUGACAGACGGGUUGGCAGACCUCUCUGACCUUUAUACAGUAUCACCACCUUACCCUCUAUUUAUUAAGCCUGCCACAGAGGGAUCCUCUAAAGGAAUCGAUAAUUACAACAAAGUUAAUGGUCCGACAGAACUGAGACCGGCAUUACAGGAAUUGAGCUACCAAUUCCCGGGUCAAGAUAUCCUCGUGGAAUCGUUUUUGUCGGGCCGGGAGUUUACAGUGAGCAUAAUGGGAACGGGCGCGCAAAGUCGGGUAAUCGGCAUCAGAGAACACCUAUGGCAAACGACCCCAAAUCACAGCACCGAGAAUGGUUAUAACUCAGAUCCGCCACCGAACUUUGCAUGCAGACUUAGCAAAUCCAGCCAAGCCGAUAAAAUGUUGAUGUAUAAGGAUUCGCACGACAUGGCUGAACCUCAAAUCAAAGCCGCAUGUCAGACAGCGUUGGAUACUUGGAAACUCCUCAAUUGUCGUGAUUGUGGGCGUGUUGACAUUCGGUUCGAUUCCGACAAGCCAGGGUCAAGCCCAAACGUGCUAGAAGUUAAUCCUAUUGCUGGCCUUCUCCCAGAGCAUUCACCAUUACCAGCGUCGGCUAAGGUAAACGGGAUGUCGUUUGAGGAACUCAUCUCAGAAAUUAUAGAAUUAUCUGUACAAAGAGCAGUUCAUACGGAUAUGAUUUAA